AUGACGGAUGUCCUUUUGCUUAUGUUCAUGAAUCUACUUAGUUUAUUGUUCUCAAAAUGAAACUACAAUCAAUUUUCGGGUUUCGAAAAUCAUUCUUAUUAGCAAUCAUUUCUAAAAGUAAUCAGUUUUCUUGGAAAUCUCAAUGAUUUAAAAUUUUCUUUAGGUGAGAACUUCAGGAAGGUUCAUGGGAAUCACAAUUGGAGCAAUGUUAGAAGAAAUUCAAGCCCUGUAUCAACAGCACCACCAACCGUGCUUCCUUUAUCUCUCUAGUGAAGUUAUAAAGAUAUUUGGUUCUGAACCUUCUUGUGCUAGCCACCUAAAAAAUAUGAUUGCAGCAUUGUUCCGGCGUACCACUUGUCUACUCACAAAUAUAAAUGGGGUCUUGACAUCUGAUCCUUCUGCUUUAGGAGUUCACCCCCAGACCAGACAGCAUGAUUGUUUCUUGUUGGCAUCAACUUGUUUUCUCUAUGGCCCUGAUUUGUUGAUUCCCUCUGCUGUAUUUCCAUCUUUGGUGUAUUGCUCAAUGAUUGGGAUCACUGUACAGCAUCUCUUCUCUGGCAUUGAUUGCAUUUACGUGCUUGCUUAAAUCUUAAUUCUCUUGCAUGCAUGCAUUCAGUUAUCCUUAUCAAUAAUAAAAUCAUGCUGAUAUAGAGUUGUGAUGUUAAAGUUACAAAUUUAGCUGUAUAGUAUCUUUUACUGCGUUCUUCUUUCUAAAAUUUACUAAUUAUCUUCUUUUUACCGGAAAAGGGGCUUCAAAUUCCAUUUUGACCUUCUUAUCUCAUAUCUUUGACCUUGCAAAGUCUUGCAAGGCAGAACAAUUGUUAUCAAUAAGGGAUAGCGUGAUUA